UAUUACAAUUAAAUGAAAGGCUGUAUCAACAUUUUGUGUUUUUGUUAUAAUAAUAUUUGAAUUAGAGGAUUGACCGUGUACUUGUUAUAAAAGGACUGAUUUUAUUUAUCAAUUAUAUAUAAUAAAUAAAUACACGAUGUUAGACGCGAUGUUACGUCUUCUUCUUGACCUUCAGCCGAACAGAUAUAUGUUCUACGGAUUGGUGGCCAUCCUGGCUGUGUUGUUAACUGUCAUACUACUGCAGAUUAAUUGGGUCCUGCUGCUGUACAGGGAGAAGGUGGUACCCGCCUUUCUGGUUUUACUGGUGACAGGAGCGCUGGCCGCCGGCGGACACCACUUCCUGUUUCCAGACGCCUGUAAAUGUGGCCUGAACAAGAUUCAAGCGUUUGAGGACAUCCUUCCUGACAACAUCUGGGACCAACCUGUGGCUACGGAGAUGGUGGUAGGGGCACUUAAGGCCCAUCGCUUAGCCCGGAGCCGGAAGCCGCUGUUGUUGUCCUUCCAUGGCGGCACAGGAACCGGAAAGACCGCACUGAGCAUGCUUAUGGCCAAAACUAUGUUUGGGUAUAAGCAUGGAGAAGAAUCUGGCGCCUCGGGGGUUUAUAUAAUUGAUGAACUAGUUGGUGCAUCUAAGGAAGACAAGUUGGAGUAUGUACGGACAACGCUAGAUGGCGCCCUAAGGUCUGGCCGUGGUUCGCUGUUCGUGUUUGAAAGCAUGGAGGCACUACCAGGCAAUACAAGUCAACUACUGAGAACACUACUUGAGAACAGUGAAUCUGAAUAUCCUUGUAAAAAUGAGUCCAUCUUUAUCAUGAACACCCACAUCGGGUCCACUGAACUGGCAGCGGUGGCGCUCAAAUCGUGGCUUGAAGGCGCAGACCGCGAAAGUACACAUCGUCGAGAGCUACAGACCGCUAUUACUGUCGCUUCCGGCAACACCGGCAAUCGAUCAGCCCACAGGUGGCACCGGAUAAUGGUCCACCAUGGACUGAUCACCGAGAGUGUUCCUUUCCUGCCGCUCGAGCGCCCUAGCGUCCGCCGCUGCAUUAUCCGUGAGGUGUUCUUUCUCCAUAACAUGGACCGGAAGUUAGAUGACGUUGGAGAGGUCAUGCGCAACCGAGAGUUCUAUUCUGUUGGUCACCCCGUUUUCGCCAAAAAAGGGUGUGCCAACAUCAGUGAAACUGUUAAACGUUUUUCAAAAGCUACGAAGUAACCCCCUGUUAAAAAUGAUCUACAAUUUAUAGCAUAAAUGUUUUUAUUUUGUAUGGUUCAAUACCAUAUAUUAACCUUUUAUUUACGUUUUAAAAAGCUAUCCUGACUCAUUUUCACCCGAGACAUAAUAUAUAUGCUCUGAAGAAUAAUCGUCACUUUUCAUGUGUUUUCAUUAUCUCAAUUACAAUAUAAAGCCAAUCACAUCAAUUCAAAGACAAUUAAAACGAAUAAUUUCAAUACGAGUCUCUAUCUCGACAUACGAUGGGAUAGCUAUAUAUGGUAAUAAGUCCUUUUCCUGUAUAAAUGCUGUAUUUUACAGAGCCAUGCGGUUUUUCCUUGGUGUAGGUAAAUAUACUACCAAUGCUGUCCGACAGUGAAAAUCUAAAUGUACCUACUGGUCUCGCCUUUCCAACCUUGGUUUGUCACGGCUCAAUAAACGUAUUGCACUCUGGGCUGGUGCAAAGGGGAGUAACUCAUGUCGUAACUGGUUUUAUUUGGUUAAGCAGAAACUGGGUUCUCUGAACCUGGAUAUUUAUUGCAGUAUUGAAACCGUUAUACCUAAACAUGCUAUUUUAAGUAAAGUAGAGGAGUUGUUGCUGCAUCAGUUUACGCAGGGCUGGUUGGCUCAGAUUAAUAGUACAGUUGGUACAUCAGGUAGAGGGCGCAAAAAAAAAUGCGUACAUACAGUUUGUUGAAAACUGAAUUUGGUACAGAAAAGUACUGUAAAAUAAUCAUGCCGCUGCAGCAUAGGUCGGCACUGAGUAAAUUUAGAUGUGGUGUAGCUCCUCUACGAAUUGAAACUGGCAGAUAUGAAAACUUACCGGUUGACGUUAGAAAAUGCCCUUUUUGUGAUACUGUAGAAAACGAGUCUCAUGUUAUCCUUGAGUGUAGAGCAUAUGAUGAUUACCGUGUUACAUUGUUUGCUAAGGCCGUUGAAACUGAUAACUUAUUUCUAACUAUGAGUAAUACUGAAAAGUUGAAAUUUAUACUCUGUAAUUCUGCAUUGCUACGACUUGCUGCCAAAACCUGUAAUUUGAUUUUAAAGAGAAGACAGUUUUAUCUGUGUAAAUAGUCAUUGCGUUCAUGUACAUACUUUUAAGUAUGUAGAUGUUUACUUAUUGUACUUUGUGAUAUUCUAAUAGGUCACACAAAUGAUAUUGGUUCCUUGUUAUUAAAUGAGCCUCCUAUAUAAUGGUCGGUAAAUCCAAUUUCACCUGCUUGUUUUAGUGUUUCUGGGAGCUUCUGUCAGUAUUAAGUCGGUUGUUUCACUUUUUUCUAUGGGCUCUUAAAGCAAAUCUUAUGCUCAUUGAUGGAAGAAAAUUGUUUGUGUGGCACAUUAGUGUUUAAUUUGUAAGUACAGUUGUUGUUGUUUUUACCAGUCAGUAUCAGUCACAUAUUUUAAAACAAGUCUGUAUUUUAUUUUGUAUUAAUAUGUUCUGUGCAUUUGUCAAAUAGUCUCCUGUAAUUCUGUAUAGAAUGGCCAUAUAAUUAUUUGUUUUAUGUGUUGCAUGUAACUUUUAGUAUGUAUAUGGACGAGACUCUAAUAAAGAUAUAAAUACUUAAAAAUACGAAGUAAAGUUGAAAAUGAAAUGAAAUACAUAAUCUUCAAAAGCCCUUCAUGACAUACCAAGUUUCAUGAACGGAACUUAAAUUCAUAGAGUUAUACAAAGCUCCAGUCAAAAAGUAGUAUUUGCAAUAUUCUUGUUGCCGUAACAACCACAUGUUUGUCUGACAAAAGAGACGACACACACAACCUCUGUCUACAUACCAACUUAAUAACGAUAACUUGCAUACUUCUUGAGGUAUUUCUGGAUCCAUUUUUUCCAGGAUUGACGAACGGACGGACGUAGGGUAAACUUAGGCUAUAUUUCUGUCAGGUGAAACUGGUUAGGAAGCGAAAGCACAAUCUGUAUAUAGGACUAUUUAUCCGUUUUUGUUGAUCUGCAAUUAUCUACAAAACAAACGUCACCCUAACGGCCAUUGCUGAUAUUAAA